AUGGUCAUAUCAUGGAUAAUUGAGAACAUAGAUGGGGAUAUUGUCAAUCAAUUCUUAGACGACACAACUGCACAUAGCCUAUGGCAAGGAAUCGAAAGUCUCUUAGGAUGUGGUAGAGAGGAACUACAAAUAUAUGAUCUCAGUUCAAAGGCAGCCACAUUAAAGCAAGAAAACGAUACCAUCGAAAUGUACUACAGUAAACUAAACACUCUAUGGAAAGAAAUUGAUCGAAGAAUGUCGAAUCCAAUGACAUGUUCAAAGGAUAUAACAGAGUUCAACAAAUACAUUCAAAGACAGAGACUGUACCAAUUCCUCACUGGGAUUAACGACAACCUAGACAAAGAUAGAAGGGACAUCCUUAACAGUGAACCAUUACCAGUGGUAGAGACGACUUAUGCCUCAAUCAGGCGAGAAAUCACAUGCCGGAGAAUUAUGAACGGCGUCUCAUCAUCGGGAACCAGUCCCUCAGAGAUUGGAUUGGGGUUAGCCACGAGAAACAAACCUUUCCAGAGAAGCCGAGAAGAGGAUGACCGGAGAAAACUCCGGUGCACUUACUGUGGUGGAUCCAGGCAUACAAAGGAGGGAUGCUUCAAACUUGUGGGAUACCCCGAGUGGUGGGACGAUCUAAAGAAAAGGAAAGCCGCCACCAAGGCACCGGCAAGCCGGAACGGCGGUAAGGCUAACCUCAGCACUGCCGAUCAGUCAACAUCAUGUCAGAGAUCAAUAGGCAUAGGAGGCCGGAGCAAAGAGGAAGAAGAGGAAACAGUCACCAUUGAACAGGGAGAUAGAAAUGGUGAGAAACAGAAACAAAGAGAGAGAGACACCAUAGCCGUCAAACAGGGGGAAGGGAAAGGGAUGGAACCCAUUGAAUACCCUAACACCCCUUUUUAUAAUACAAAAACCCUGAAACCCACCUCACAAAACCCCAACCCACAAUCUUCCGGCCCAAUAUCACCCUCCAAGCUCAAUGCCUCUUCUAGCCCGCAAAACACUACUUCCCAAAGCCUUCUUAGUCUUAACACUAAAUCUCAAUGGAUAUUUGACUGUGGGGCGACCGAUACGAUGACCUUUGACCUCAGUGAUUUUUCAUCCACACAUCCUACUAACCGAACACAUAUCCAGACGGCUAAUGGGGAGUGUGUACCAGUUGCCCAAGCUGGAGCAGUCAACAUUUCUCCUUCUCUUCAUCUUAAAAAUUACUUGUUAAUUCCCAGUUUGUCUCAUAAUUUAUUGUCCGUUAGUCAGUUAACCAAGGACUUGAACUGUACUGUGCUUUUAACCUCUGAAAAUUGUAUUGUACAGGAUGCUCAGACGGGGACGAUCAUUGGGCGUGGUACUGAAUGA